AUGAGCCAGCUUGCGCAAAGAUUGAAUCUGGGUCAGGUGCGCCAGCUGGAACAACUCUCUCCCGGCGAGAUCCCGGAACCGAGGUACCAAGCAGCUUCCAAGCCGGGGCUUCUCUCCGAGAUCAGCCCAGAUCCCGCGGACAUCGUGUUCCGGGUGGAGGAGAUCACCAGAGACGGUACCACGACGACCAGGGAGGUGAGGAAAGCACAAGACCUCAAGCAGACGAAGCAGGCAGCAGAAAAUCUGGUAGCCGCCCUUGAUGCCAAAAGAGCAGAGCAGGAUGCUGCCGCAGCCGCUGCACGUGCUGGUCAGAGCAAGGGCGCUCACGGCCCCCAGGUGUCCAGCUCGCUGGAGGCCAUUCGGCAAGUGAUUCGAGACUUCAUCACCAACCUCCCCGCAAGCUGUGCGCGCUGCCAGGCGCAAGCCAAGUGGCGCAGGGAAGGUUUCGAAGCUUUGUUCGUCACUCAGAAAGGCGGCAAGGAGCAGUUAGCCAUUCCCGAGUACGCACGGGACUUGCUGAGGGACCUCUGGAAGAACGAAGCCAGAGCAUUGAGGUUUUUGGCCCCGGCAGCCAAGGAGAUUGGGCCUGAUGCCUUCUUCCUAGAGCGGCUUCUGGUCCCUCCCACCCGCUUCCGGCCUCCCAAAAAGAGCAAGGAGAAUGAGAACAGCUUCACCCUGCAUCGCCAUUCCGCGCACUUCAAAGGCAUUCUCUUAGCCAAUCAGCAGGUGCAGGAAACGGUGUCGCCAGCCGCGGCAAAGGAGAAGCUCGCAGGGAAGGGCGCUGGCAAAGAUGCGCCGAAGUUGGAGCUGCACCAAGCAAUACGCGACUUGCAGAUUGCGGUCAACUCCCUCAUGGAUAGGAUGAAGAGUGGCAGAAAUGCCAAGCUCUCUGAGGACGGAGUAAGGCAGCUUCUUGAGAAGAAGGAAGGGCUGUUCCGAAUGAAGAUGAUGGGGAAGCGCGUGAACUUUGCCGCUCGGUCCGUCAUAUCGCCCGACCCGAACAUCGAGCCUUCAGAGAUCGGUGUGCCAGUCGAGAUUGCUUCGAACCUCUACUACCCAGAGGUUGUCACCCCGUUCAAUGUCGAGUGGCUGCGCAGCCUAGUACUGCGUGGCAACGUAUAUCCAGGAGCCUUCGAGGUACACAUACCCAAGGGCGAUGGCAGCAAGAUCAUUCAGAGCUUGCAGAACAAAUCGGAGGCCGCGCACAUGCAUUGGCGAUGA